GGCAUCAUAGAGAAAUCGAAAGUGAAAGGAAUUCCCAUCAUUAUCGAUGCUGAUGGACUGUGGCUCAUUUCCCAGCAGCCUUCUCUUAUCCAAGGCUACCAGAGAGCUAUCCUCACUCCCAACUACAUGGAGUUCAGUAGGCUGUAUGAAGCCAUGCUCAGAGACCCUGUCGACAGCAGUGAUCAUCAUGGAUGUGUGCUGAGACUCAGCCAAGCCAUGGGGAAUCUGACAGUUGUUCAAAAGGGAGAGAGAGACCUUAUUUCGGACGGAGAGAAAGUACUGGUGUGCAGUCACGAAGGAAGCAGCAGGAGAUGUGGUGGCCAGGGAGACCUCCUCUCUGGCUCUCUGGGAGUCUUGGCACACUGGGCAUUUGUUGCUGGAGCUGAGAAAACAAAUGGUCAAAAUCCCUUCCUGGUGGCUGCGUUUGGGGCUUGCUCUCUCACCAGGCAGUCCAACCACCAAGCCUUCCAGAAGUUUGGGCGUUCCAUGACUGCCUCUGACAUGGUUUCAGAAGUUGGAACAGCUUUUAACAAACUCUUUGAAACCUGAAGCCAAAGCAGCAGAGAAGAGGAGGAGGACGAGCAAUGACUGCAAGAGUAAUUCCAUGUACCGUAGAGUUGACAUAAGUAAUGCACCCUCUCAAGUGCUGUAGCAGCAUUGGUAUGUUAGGUAGAUAUUUUUUAUUUUUCAGAAUAGAAAAUAUGAUUAAUGUAGAUAUUUUUUAAGAGUUUGGAAUACAGAAAUGUUUUGGCUGAAAUAAGCUGUAGUUGCAGAUCGGUUAUAAUAUAAUAAAACUAAACUGAAAGUA